AUGGACCCACAGCUUGAUGAGCAGAACCUGAAGAUGAUUGAGUUCCCUGUACUGUGCAAGAAAGACCCAGAGGACUAUAAGAAACUUCAGAACAUUGUGAUGCUUCGAAAACGCCACCGUAGGAACAAAAUGCAAACAGAUGCUCAGGCUGAAGCUGUGAAUGUGGAGGAAUGUCCUGAAGCAGGCACAGAAGUCCGGACACCCUCUCACUCAAGCAUAACCCCAGUUAAGUGCAGCACAAGCAUAAGCGCUGGCAUGAGGACAAGCACAAGUUCUUCAUCUACAGAAUAUUCAUCAACAACACCAGUAUCAACCUCUACAUCUAGACAGGGGUAUGAGAUAGAUCCAAAAUAUAUGCUAGAGCCCCAAGACAGAGAAUUUGAAGUAGGUCCAGAGUUCCUCCUAAAUGACAGCCAAGACACAGAGGCCACUCCAGAACAAGGAGAAUGCACUGAAGAGGAUGUGAAGAAACCCUUGGUAGAGGCAAAGCUAUCCAAUCCUAAGGAACAUGUAAUUGAUGAAUAUUCUGCAUGUCAUGAUGCUUCUUCAGAUGAUGAUUUCUGUAUAAUAACAGAAGAUACUGAACACAAGAAAGACCCUAAGUUUCAAGAAGUCGUUGUGGGUCAAGAACAAGGACAUCAGAAGGUAUCUGAGGCUGCCCCAUCUUGUCCAACCACACCAUUACAAGCUGUGCACCCAGAAGCUAGCUUAAAUUCACUUUGCCCAGAAAAGCAUAGACUAACAACAGAUCUUUGUUACUUUGUGUACUUACAAAUGCAGCCAAAGAGAACAUAUCAAUACCAUCAUCCACUUUUUGGGGAAAAGUUUGCCCAACUCUGUGGCCCACGAGUGAAGAUGACAGAGGUCUAUGAUUUGAAUAUAAGUAGAUCCUUCUAUGGUGAACAACCUUCUUACCCAGAUAUUGAAGAGGAGCAUAGGGAACAAGAACAAUGUGAAUAUGAAUUCUCCCAGUGUACUGGAAUGCUUCGAAACUUAAAAUAUGAACGGCCUGGGCAGCAACAUACUGGGCAAGGACAAGGACCUCGUGUAUAUCAUCCAGGAGAACAGGUGGUGACUGUUAUAGAUGACAUGGGGUCACCCACCAUGGAAUUUUUUGGAAAUGACAAUUCUCAGCAUUCACGAAAUGAGACACAUAGACAUUGGGAGGAUCCUAUUGAUUGUGCCCCUCCACCUCUGCAUCAUUCAUCAAGAUCAUUCCAAGAAAUGACUGGAUCACAUCAAACAUUGGCAGCCUCAUUUCAAGCAUCAUUACUGUCAUGUCAAGCAUCAUUAGUGUCAUGUCCAGCAUCUUUACCAUCAUGUUCAGCAUCUGCACCAUCAUGUAUAGUACCUGUACCGAUACAUAAAGAAUCUGUACCAAUAUGUCAAGUUUCUGCACCAAUAAGUGUAGCAUAUGCACCAUUAAUCCAAGUGUAUGCAUCAACACGUCAACCAUCUGCACAGUUAUGUCAAGCAUUGGCAGCUUCACGUCAGGCAUCUGGACUGUUAUGUCAAACAUCUGUAGUGACACAUCAAGUAUCUGCACCUCGAUGUCAAUCAUUGGCAGUGUCACAUCAAGCAUCUGCACCAUCACGUCAAGCAUCAGUGGUGUCACAACAAGUAUUGGCAGAAUCAUAUCACCAAUCAGCAAUGUCACCUGUAGGUGAUUCUCAAUCAUCUGGAAACCUUGAUUUAAAAAUACAUGGCCUGGAAUCCUCAGAAAAUUUUAUGGAGCUUUAG